CUAUAUACUUUUUCUAUCCCUGACGUAUGCAUGUCAUUAUUGUUUAUUGUUAUUGUUUACAAAAAGAAACGUGUUUUAAACAAAGGACAAGUUUUUUAUUUACAUUUUGCAUUUUUGAAGAGUGUUUUUCUUUAAAGAUUUAUUGUGUGUAUUUAUUUUAUUAAUAAAGUGCUGACAGAAUGUAAAGAAAGGUUUCAUCAAUCUCUUGUUCCUGAUUAUAAAAAGUUGGAAUUUAACCUACAAGUACAAUAAAAAAAUUGGGUGAAAAUGGUUUUGUCUGAUAGUAUUUUGCCAGAAGAAGAUAAGCAGGAGAAAUUAUUGGAAAAAUUUGACGAAACUUUAAAAUCAUUACGGAGACAAUUCAGAAAAUUACUAAAGGAGAGAAAAGCGCAUAAAAAUUGUAAAAUAUUGAAUCAGUCAGAAGGAAAUGGUAGUACUUGUUCUACAAAAACCAACGAUAGCAUUAAAGAACUAAAAGAUGCAGCGGAAUUAGUAUCAGAAAAUAAAAAUAUUUCUGAUGACAUUUCAAUAAUCGAGUCCAAUAAUGUAACGAACUUAACUUCUGAUAUUGUUGACAAUCAAAAAAUAGCAAAAGACAAUCCACCAUUACACGAAGAACUGGAAAUACUUUCUGUUCAAUUUGACACCGAGUCGGAGCAAAGUUUAUUAAAACAAUUCGAAGAAUCAAAAUUGAAAAUAAACCCCAAGGAAAGUCAAUUACAAAAAAGUCCUGUAUUCUCAAGAAAUAAAAUUAGAGAAAAGAAGAAAAAUUUUUCUUGUAAAAUUUUUCCCACUUCCGAAAGAAAAAGUUUAUCAGCGAAAGAACAAAUUACCGAAAAUCCAAAAUCCGCACAAGAAAAUGUUGCGUCAAAUAUAUCUCUAUUUUCCUCGCCAAGAGAAAAGGACUUAUUUAUUAGUCCGAAAGUAAAAUCUAAUCAAAAAUUAGGAGUUUCUAAUUUGUACAAUGUGAGUUCUAAACAGUCAACGAAAGGAAAUAAAUUGAAGCAAACAAAACUUGUAUUUUUAGCAGAUGAAGAGAAAGUUGAUAUCAGUGAAAAGACAGAUAUGAAAAUUAAAGAAGAAAAAGAUUCAAUUUUUGACAUGUCUCUAUUUAAUUCGAAUAUAAAUGUCGAAAAUAUGGAAGUAGACAUGGAUGAUACAUUUCCAAAUUCAAAAACCACAAAUAUCGAAACAACAUUGGGCUCAUCAACACCAAAAGCAGGGAAUAAAACUAAUUUCGAUAAAAUAAGUCCCACCAAGGAAAACAAGGAAGUAGGAGAAGGUAAAAUUAAAGUUAAAAAAAUGUUUUCCCUCAUGAAUUUUAAUACUUCCGAGCCACAAGCAACAACAACAACAUUUUUAUCGCCAAGAAAGCAGGAGACAAAAAUUGUACAUCAUUCUGAUUCUGAUACCGAUUUUAGUUUUCAAGAUGAUUAUUUAUUGAAUAAACAAUCUUCCCAAAGUGGGAAAAAAAAUCUCGUUGGUUUCGUGAAAAAAGCUUCUGUUUUGAAGGAAAGUUCCCACAAAGAUUACAAUCAAAUAAAUAAGAUUCAUCACAAUGAAACAAUGUUGGAUGAUGAAACUUUCUUUUCUCCCGGAGAAUAUCAAAAUGAUGCGAUAAAAAAAACCCCAACGAAAGCAGGAACUUCAAGGGAAACAUAUAAUAGUCCGAAAAAUAAACGUCUUCCAAUGAAAAGUUUCGAUAAGAAUCCAGAAAAGAAAAAGCGCAGUCCAGAGUAUGCGUAUAAUAUUCAGUCAGUUAGACGGAAAAAUGAAAGAGCACAACUUGACGGAUGGUCAUGUUGGGAUUGUAAAAAGUAUUAUCAAGGACUUGAUCUUUCUGAGAAGGAAUUAAAAGAAUGUAUGAAAAAAUGCUCUCGUCACAAAGCAAAAUACGAUCCAAAUUAUUAUACUCCACCAGGUUUUUGGAAUCCAGCUUUUCCUGAUACACUUUGUCCUACAUUGCCUGAACAAGAGAAAUAAAAAUCAAUUUUAAUAUCGAUAGAGACGUUAAUAGUCAAUGAUGAUCAAACUAUCGCGGGCUAAAUAUCCAAUUAAAUUAUAUAAAUAUAUUUUUAAUACUGUUACUACGAUUAAAAUACAAUUCUGUAAAUAUUAUAUAAUUGUACAGUUUUUUAUAAUAUAGUCUCCUUUUUAUAUUGA